CGUGCAGCCUGCAUUGUCGCGGUUCUCCUGCGCAUGCGCAAAAUAAUAACAAGGCGAAAGGAUUCCAUAGCGACUGCUUCACACAUAUACUUGAGAUAAUAUGCUUCCUGAGGUAUUUGUUUUUUCAUUGUUUGUAGUCUCACUGUAAUGAAUAUACUGUUGUAACCAGCUGUUAGUUGUAUUGCUUUAUUCUAAAGCCAUACAAGACAUAGCUAACACAAUAGCCAAACUAGCUCACUGAGUUUGACGUAUACCAUGUACACAGCGACCACACAUUGGCGACACAACACUACGCUGCACUGCCUUAUCCCAACACAAGAACAAAGGAAGGGUAUCGACCAUCAGACAGUAGUCUGAACCGAUCGUGAACUCCUCAUGGACGCCCUGGUCUCUGAAGAAAUGGAGGGGAUCUGCGUGAUGCCAGACAUGACCAUCAAGACCGAGCAGACGGUGGGCGCGAUGUCAGAGGAGGCUGGUACCCAGAACGUUGCCAUGGGGAUCAAGUUCAUCCUCCCCAACCGCUUUGACAUGAACGUCUGCUCGAGGUUCGUCAAGUCCCUCAACGAGGAGGACAGCAAGAACAUACAGGACCAGGUCAACUCUGAUCUGGAGGUUGCUUCUGUUUUGUUCAAAGCGGAGUGUAACAUCCAGACCUCCCCAUCACCUGGGAUACACGUGCGCCAUGUUUACACCCCGUCCACCACCAAGCACUUCUCCCCCAUCAAGCAGUCCACCACACUCACCAACAAGCAUCGUGGCAACGAGGUGUCUUCUACCCCUCUACUGGUGCACUCAUUAUCGAUCCAUCAACUGGCUGCACAAGGAGAAAUGGUGUUUCUAGCGAGCAGAAUCGAACAAGAGACUGUGAUAAACCUACAGGAUGAAGAAGGCUUCACGCCCCUUAUGUGGGCCGCUGCACACGGACAAAUAGCUGUUGUUGAAUUCCUGCUCCAAAACGGUGCGGACCCCAACCUCUUGGCUAAAGGGCGUGAAAGCGCACUGUCUCUGGCCUGCAGCAAGGGCUACACGGACAUCGUGAAAAUGCUCAUCGACUGUGGGGUGGACGUCAACGAAUACGAUUGGAACGGUGGUGCCCCUCUGCUCUACGCAGUUCACGGGAACCACGUCCGCUGUGUGGAGAUCCUACUGGAAAGUGGCUCGGACCCCACCAUGGAGUCUGAUUCAGGAUUCAAUGCCAUGGAUAUGGCCGUGGCUAUGGGCCAUAGGAAUGUUCAACAGGUGAUGGAAGCCCAUUUACUGAAGCUACUGGUGGCGAUCAGAGAGUGACUCUGGACGAAGCUCUGAAGUUACAGCUAGUCAUACAUGUCUGUCAGCUAGACAUAAAGGACCAGACCUGGGCGAUGCUGAAGAAGUCAAACAUUGAAGGAUACAAUGUUUAUCACUGUGUCAAACAAUGGGAAACGCCAUUCCUCACUCCCACAACAAACUUUGAAACCACCGGUUCAAAGUCAAUACUAGAAGGGCCAUAAUAUUUCAUUAAUUGCCAUUACCCAGGAUUCCCCCUGCAUUGAAUCUCUUGUGAAUAGGUAUGUGGAGUUGAUGAUACCUCCUGUAACAGCUCUGCUCUAUUCACUGAUUUAAAUAAGGGCAUUCGGUACCUAACUUUCAGAACAUGGGCAGUACUUUAUACUUUAAUUUGAUCCUCUAUUUAUUGUUCACCGUGUGAAUAGAGCAGAGACGGUUUUAAAUAGGGUAGGAGGAUGGCUAAUAAAACAUGUCUAAACGGCGAGAAGAAAUGACUAUACCUGCAUGGUUCUGAAGAGCACAAUGCCUGGCCUUUUCAACCAAACCACAUUAUGAGUUUUGAUAGUUGAGAGACACAGGGCCAACCUCUGGAACCUACAUAUUAGCUAAAUCAAUUGGCAUGGAAGUUGUUCGCACAUGUUUUCUUAUUUAAACUGGAGGAUAAAGUAGCACAUUAAGACCAGGGGAGUUUAACCGGAUUUCUUCAUACAUGUAGCAUGUCUUUUUGAGUACUGAUAACCUGUGCAAGGCCCCUGUUUUACCACCAGAGGUAUACUAAAGUUGUUACUAUUAAUUUUUAAUGGAAAUUGAGGAUAUCUCGCACCGAGAAUCCACCAGGUAUUAAACAAUAGACCACUUAUGAAGGGGAUCAAUUUUGAAAUAACUUGACUUAUCAACCUUAUACCUGGGGGUAAAAUGGACGCCCUUGCGUUUAUAAAAGGGCCCCCACAACCGUUCUGAAAAAUCAGAAUCAAUCAAUUUGCAGGCAUUCAAUUCAACAUUGCCUCCUUGUCAUAGGAUUUUAUAUCAACGAUUGCUGUGAUUUCAUACUGUGCUUGAAAGGAGUGAUUUAUUAAAUCCAUCCCAAUUUGCAAUCCAGUGUAGCUGCAUGCAUGUGUUUUGGUAAAUGUGGAAAUUAAGACUGAUUCAUUUCGGUGUUCAUUUGUUUGUAUGUUGAUGUUUUUUUUGCUAUACAUGCCAUCAGUAUACCUUUCGGUGCUUUCAUUUUACAGAAAAUGAAAAAUGUGUAUUUAAAACUGUUGGCAUUGCUUUAACCUAUAAUAUAGUUGUUGAACACUGGUGUACCUUCAGUAUUGAUAGCCUCACAGAGGGGGGUCUUUUUGUAGUAUCACUUUUAAUAGCGUUUGCACUUUGGUACAUUAUGAAAACAUAUGGAUGUUUUUCGUUAAAGGUCAUGUCAACCUAGCCUACUAGUGACCCCUCUAGCGCCAUUCAGACCUCAAUAUUGGUCUAUCCCACUGCUAAAAAUAAAGUUUUUUAUUUACAAUUUUAAAGUUAUAGCUUUACAGAUUUGUACAAUGCAGAGGUGCAAUAACUUAUUUUAAAAAUGGAGGAUGUGAAUGCUUGUUAAAAAGUGACAUUAAAAACAAAAUAAACGAGCUUCUCAAGUAAAGCUCUGCAAUAGA